AUGUCAGGGGUAAAUGCCCGGGGCAAUCUGGUCGGACUGGCCAACUCCUGCGUGCCUCCCAUUCGCAUUCGCAACGAGCCCAAUAAUACAAGUCCCCUCAAACCCAAGCUCCACACAAUCAACCCCAUCCUUGUACUGCUCACCAAUCUCACACUACAACCAAGCCUCAACCCCCAGGUCAACGAAGCAAUCUGCAAAGCCCUGGCAGCCAACCCCGCAUGGGAAACCAUGUCCUUUCCUAGCCGGGCGGCGAUCUUCUUGCGCGCCGCAGAGCUACUAGCCGCCAAAUACCGGUACUAUAUCAUGGCGGCGGUGAUGCUCGACCAGGGGAAGCAUUUCUGGCAGGUGGAUAUUGAUGCCGCGGCUGAGACGGCGGACGUUUACUAG